AUGUCAAGACGCUAGUUCUUGUGACGGAGAAAACUUUAACUUCAACCAUAGCCAAGUCUGAUCUGAAGUGAUCGAAGACUGGAUCACUCUUUGGGGCGUUGUUUUGUUUAAGUUCAUUGGCUAUUCAGAGUAUAACACUAUACAUAGUCGUAAGGGUCUUUUGUUGAGACAAUCUGCGAUAAUCAAAGCAGAAUUACGGAAGACAAGGGACAGACAGCAUUACUAUGCCAUCUUCGCAACAAAACAAAAACAACGAAAGCAGUGACCCGAAUAACUUUCGCAGUGAAAACUACAGCCAAAGCCAAAGUCAUAAUCAGAGUCACAGUAUCCUUCAGUCACCUUUCAUUGUAAACAAACAGUCACCAAAGCACAUUUUUUCAUCUUCGACCCCUCUUCUUAUGCCUCACAAAGGCGAACACGCAUCACCGGUGAAGAGGAUCAAACACAAGUCAAUAAGUAGUUCAAUUGACAUGGAAAGUAUCUACUCCCGAAAUCGUAAGCCCCUAAGUUUUGGUUCGAGCUCUAGCAAAGGAUUCAAUCUUUUAGAUGAUUUUCAAAACGGUGAUACCAACGAAACCAUAGACUUGUUCCCUGCCCCAAAUUUGAUUCCACCUCAAAACUUUAAUAAUGAUAUCAUGAACAACAUCAGUUUUUCAGCUAAGGAAGAUAAAAAACCGAAAGGGAGGGAAUUUUUUGAACUAGGAAGUUCUGCCUCUUCUGAUGGAAACUUCUCAAUCUUCUCAAUGAUGCCUGCUACAGGAAGUUCUGCACCUGCUUUCGAUUUCAAUUCUUAUCUUCUUUCUGUGACUUCCAACUUACAAAUGAUUCCCAAAAUUGCAAGCAAGGGAGUACAAAGUACAAACUUGUUGGAUUUGUCGAAACCGUUGAAGCUUGAUGUACUUCAAGAAAAGGACCGGUCAGUGAUAUCGGAAAAAAGCAUUAUGGAUGACUUAGAACUUGAUUGUGUUGUUCGCUCAAGCAUCUGGGAUUCCGAUACUGAAACUGAGGAUGAGCUAGAGCUUCACUUAAAUUUGGACAAUGAGAGAGAAAAUGAUGAAGGUAAAAAUGAGGCUAGUAAUAAUGCAAUCGACAGCUCGUUGGGAAACGACUACGACAUCGCCAAUGAUGACUAUCUGAAAUAUUUCAAUCAGUCCAUGACCUCUAAAACAUUUGAAUCACCAUCCUCAUACAGUCAGCCUCUAAGACCAAUGGAACAAAACAAGAGUUUUGUCUCUCCCAAGAUUUCUAUCUCAAACGACAUUUCUUCCAUGGCAAAGCCAGUCGAAAUAUUCUCGGAUCCUCAACCGAAACUAAAAAGUCCUAUAUCUUCACAAGGGUCAGACGAAACUCUACAUGAUGAGGAAGAGCAGCUAACUUCUUCAAAGUAUGGUAACAAUAGCAGCAAUCAUCAAAAAAGAACAAUCACUUUCAGCCAACAAAGUGACCUCCAGCUUGACCUUGGUAUAGAUUGCAAUAAGCAAGUUGCUGAUUCAAAAAAGUGUUCACCUCAUCAUCAUAUAUUUGCUGAAAACUUAAGAUCAGCAUUAAAACCAAUACCAAAAGCAUUAUUGAACCUGAUUGUCGAAUCGAGUGAUGGAUCUCUGGAAGACGCAACCAAAUAUGCAACUGAAAUAAAUGCACAGAACAGUGAAGGAAUUCCGAUACCUGAAAAAACUACAGAGUUAGUUAACAUUCCUACCACCGCUCCUUGCGUUAACGGGGUUCGUAAAAGUGCAAUAGUUAGAGGAAUACGAGCUAGAAGUGGAAGUAAAAAGAAAGCUAAAAAGACCCAAGAGGAAAAGCCAGAAACGCCCAUAGCUGAUGUUAAAAAAUGGAAUAAGAAUGACCAGCUAAAGGAGGAUAAAUUGACAGAGAGACAAGAAUCUAUCAUACAAGCAAAUGAAAAUAGACAGAAUAUCAUUUCAAACAUAAAUAAUAGCUUUAGGGGAUUUUAUUCACUGCGAGAGAAACAACAGUUUAGUAAGAGAAAUAUUGUUGUGGGAGUUCAUGAAAACCAGUAUAAUGAAGAUAAGGAAAAUAUUGAUGCUGGAGCUUACGAAAAGGGCUUAAAUCCAAAAUUAACUGGUAAUUUUUCUGCCGGUUUCAAGCGUGCCAAAGUUGUGAAGAAUGACUAUAGAACAAUGAAUACCAAUGGGAAGAAAAGGGUUAACUGGGCAGAAAGUUUAGAGUGGUGAUUAAUUUUUACUCACCAUAUUACCUUUUUACGUCUGUAUUUAUGUAUAGUAUAUGUUUUUUUUUUACUUAAUGUCUGAGUUUUGGAUGUGUAAAUGUGUGUUUGUAUUUCUCUACUUUUUUUUGUGCUCAUUUUCCACAAAAUACGUACAAAUU